CUGAGAGUGAACUCCAGCCGGGAUCCGGAUCACCUGCAGCCCCCAGAGCGCCACAUUCUCCGCAGACAGCGGCCACUUGUCGCGAGGGUGCCAAUUAAAAAAAAAAACGAAGAAGACGAAGCGGACAGCCAGCUGCCUUGCGCGUUGUAGAUCGGAUCAUUUAAUCCAUCACCGCCUUGACAUAAAGUGGCUUCUUCGCGAGAACUUGUGAAAACUCCGCGCUGCUGUCUGAACCCAUCCGAGGCUGAACUCUUCCUGCGCGCUUUGCCAUCGACCCGCUAAAGUCCCCGGCGCUGCUGAGCGCGCGCACUCCCAACACGCAGGUAUAAAAGCGGGCACGGAGAAGGCCGUCAUGAUGAGCAAUAACUACGGGGACGAGCAGCUGCCUCCACAGUACUACCAGGGCACGGACUUCGGGGAGGAGGAGGACGACGAGAUGCCGGCCACGGAGAAGGACCUGGCCGAGGACGCGCCGUGGAAGAAGAUCCAGCAGAACACCUUCACCAGGUGGUGCAACGAGCACCUCAAGUGCGUCAACAAGACCAUCACCGACCUGCAGAAGGAUUUCAGCGACGGGCUGAAGCUCAUUUCGCUCUUGGAAGUGUUGAGCCAGAAGAAAAUGUACAGGAAGCAUCACAGCAGGCCCAACUUCCGGCAGAUGAAACUGGAAAACGUGUCUGUGGCUCUGGAGUUCCUGGACCGGGAGCACAUCAAGCUGGUCUCCAUAGAUAGCAAAGCCAUUGUGGACGGGAAUCUAAAGCUGAUCCUCGGCCUUAUCUGGACUCUCAUCCUCCACUACUCCAUCUCCAUGCCCAUGUGGGAUGACGAGGACGACGAGGAGACCAAAAAGCUGACCCCCAAACAGCGCUUGCUGGGCUGGAUCCAGAACAAGGUGCCCCAGCUGCCCAUCACAAACUUCAACCGUGACUGGCGGGAUGGCAAAGCCCUGGGAGCCCUGGUUGACAACUGUGCCCCUGGUUUGUGUCCCGACUGGGCCGAAUGGGACCCCAAGCAGCCGGUGGAGAAUGCCCGAGAAGCCAUGCAGCAGGCCGACGACUGGCUGGGUGUGCCUCAGGUGAUUGCCCCUGAGGAGAUUGUGGACCCAGAUGUGGACGAGCACUCCGUCAUGACCUACCUGUCUCAGUUUCCUAAAGCAAAACUGAAGCCCGGGGCUCCUCUCAAGCCCAAACAACUAUUUCCAAACAAGGCCAAAGCCUAUGGACCAGGUAUUGAACCUCAUGGCAACAAGGUGCUGCAGCCCGCGGUGUUCACCGUGGAGACGCUGGAGGCCGGCAGCGGCGAAGUCCUGGUGUACGUGGAGGAUCCUGAGGGACACAAAGAGGAGGCUAAAGUUAAACCCAUCAAAGACAAAACUGGAACCUACACUGUCACCUAUGUUCCUAAAGUUGAGGGUGUCCAUAAGGUGAAAGUGCUUUUUGCAGGGCAGGACAUUGACAAGAGUCCGUAUACAGUGAAUGUGGCGAAGGCUAUGGGCGACCCAAACAAAGUUCACGCCAGGGGACCCGGUCUGGAGCCGACUGGCAACGUGGCCAACAAACCCACCUACUUUGACAUCUACACAGCUGGUGCAGGUCAUGGCGACGUCAGCGUGGUAAUUGCCGACCCGCAGGGCAAGAAGGACACCGUAGAGCUCAUCCUGGAAAAUAAGGGCGACAGUGUUUUCCGCUGCACCUACCGCCCCGUGAUGGAGGGCCCCCACACCAUUCAUGUGCUGUUUGCAGGCCAGGAGAUCCCCAAGAGCCCGUUCACUGUCAACAUCGCAGAGGCCACAAAUCCCAACGCAUGCCGAGCUACUGGCAGAGGGCUUCAGCCUAAAGGCGUGAGAGUGAAGGAGGUUGCAGACUUCAAAGUUUUCACCAAGGGAGCUGGCAGCGGUGCACUGAACGUCUCAGUCAAAGGACCAACUGGAGCAGAAGAGCAAGUGAAAGUGAAAGAUGCAGGGAAUGGUGUGUACGAGUGUGAAUAUUACCCCCUCAAGCCUGGUAAAUACACAGUCAGCAUCACCUGGGGAGGCCAGCCUAUCCCACGCAGUCCCUUCGAAGUGGAGGUGGGACCAGAGGCAGGUUUUCAGAAAGUGCGGGCGUGGGGUCCCGGUCUCAAAACAGGCAUGGUGGGAAAAUCAGCUGACUUUGUGGUGGAGGCCAUCGGCACCGAAGUGGGAACUCUGGGCUUUUCCAUUGAAGGCCCGUCACAAGCUAAAAUCGAGUGCGAUGAUAAGGGUGACGGCUCCUGCGAUGUGCGCUACUGGCCCACUGAGCCCGGCGAUUAUGCGGUGCACGUCAUCUGCGAUGAUGAGGACAUCAAGGACAGCCCCUUCAUGGCCCACAUUCUGCCUGCAGCCAACGACACGUUCCCCGAGAAGGUGAAGGCUUUUGGUCCAGGUCUUCAGCCAACUGGUGUCAUUGUGAACAAACCCACUGAAUUCACCGUCGACGCCCGUAUGGCUGGGAAGGGUCACCUCAAGCUCUACGCUCAGGAUGCUGAAGGCAGCACCAUCAACAUCAAGAUCACUGACAAGGGAGACGGCACCUUCCUGUGUGUGUACACUCCUGUCAAGCCCAUUAAACACACCAUCAUCAUCACCUGGGGUGAGGUCAACGUCCCCAACAGCCCCUUCAGGGUGCUGGUUGGAGAGGGAUCUCAUCCAGACAAAGUCAAGGUCUACGGGCCCGGGGUGGAGAAGACGGGACUCAAGGCUAACGAGCCCACAUACUUCACCGUGGACUGCGGCGAGGCCGGUCAAGGAGACAUCAGCAUUGGAAUCAAGUGCGCCCCGGGGGUGGUCGGCCCCGCCGAGGCCGACAUCGACUUUGACAUCAUCAAGAAUGACAAUGACACCUUCACUGUCAAGUACACUCCGCCCGGCCCGGGAAAAUACACCAUCAUGGUGCUGUUUGCUGACCAAGAAAUUCCAAUCAGUCCGUUCAAAGUCAAAGUGGAUCCUUCCCAUGAUGCUGGCAAAGUGAGAGCUGAGGGUCCUGGACUCAACAAGACAGGUGUGGAGGUGGGCACUCCAACCCACUUCACCAUCUACACAAAGGGAGCUGGCAAGGCCAAGCCUGAGGUGCAUUUCGCAGCAUCGAGCCCGGGAGAGGCGGUUCGUGACUUUGAGAUCAUCGAUAACCAUGAUUACUCCUACACGGUCAAGUACACUGCUCUCCAACAGGGCAACAUGGCCAUUUCUGUGAGUCACGGAGGCGAUCCCAUCCCCAAGAGCCCCUUCAACAUCACAGUGGCUCCAGCUCUGGAGAUUGGCAAAGUCAAAGUGGAGGGAUUAGACAACAAAGUGGAAGUGGGAAAGGAUCAGGAGUUCACAGUUAACACAAAGGGAGCUGGUGGGCAGGGCAACGUAGGUGUGAAGAUGACUUCACCCUCCGGACGGCCAAUCCCGUGCAAGAUGGAAUCAGACAAAGCCAAAGGCACGCACGGUGUGAAGUACAUCCCCCCCGAGGAGGGGCAGUACAAGGUGGAUGUCAGCUAUGAUGGCAACCCUGUGAUGGGAAGCCCUUUUGGGGUUGAGGCAGUGAUGCCUGCUGAUCCUUCAAAGGUGCGAGCCUAUGGUCCGGGCCUAAAAGGAGGCAUUGUGGGAAAACCAGCGCCGUUCACUAUUGACACAAAGGGAGCGGGUGCCGGUGGGCUGGGCCUGACAGUGGAGGGUCCCUGCGAGGCAAAGAUCGAGUGCCAGGACAACGGCGACGGCACGUGCUCGGUGUCCUACCUGCCCACCGAGGCCGGCGAGUACGCCAUCAACAUCCUGUUCGCGGAGCAGCACAUCCCCGGCUCCCCCUUCAAAGCCGCCGUCCGGCCGGCCUUCGACCCCAGCAAGGUGACGGCCAGCGGGCCGGGGCUGGAGAAGGCCAAAGCGGGCGAGCCGGCCACCUUCACCGUGGACUGCACCCGAGCGGGGGACGGCGAGCUCACCAUCGAGAUCGUGUCCGACGCCGGGGUCAAAGCUGAAGUGCAUAUCCAGAAAACCGCCGAGGGCACUUUCUCCGUCACCUACAUCCCCUCCUUCCACGGCUCGCACACCAUCACCAUCAAGUACGGCGGCCACAUGAUUCCACAGUUUCCAAAAGUGCUGCAGGUGGAACCGUCGGUGGACACCACCGGGGUGCAUGUGUACGGCCCGGGAGUGGAGCCCAGAGGGGUCCUCAGAGAAGUCACCACCCACUUCAUUGUCGAUGCCCGCGCUCUCAACAAGGCUGGAGGAAGCCACGUGAAGGUGCACGUCAUCAGCCCCUCUGGCACCAAGGCGGAGAGCUUCAUUACCGACAAGGGAGACGGCACCUACCGGGUGGAGUACACGGCGUUUGAGGACGGAAUGCACCUUAUCGAGGUGCUGUACGACGACGCGCCCGUACCCAAAAGCCCCUUCAGGGUGUCUGUUGUGGAGGGAUGCGAUCCAACACGGGUGCGUGCCUUUGGACCUGGCCUGGAGGGAGGAAUCACCAACAAACCGAACUGCUUCACCGUGGAGACCAGGGGAGCUGGCACAGGAGGACUGGGUCUGACCAUCGAGGGAGCCUCAGAGGCCAAAAUAUCCUGCAAAGACAAUAAAGAUGGCAGCUGCAGCGUGGAGUAUGUUCCCUUCACCCCUGGAGAUUAUGACGUAAACAUCAACUACGGCGGCCACCCGAUCCCCGGGAGCCCCUUCCGGGUGCCGGUGAAGGAUCCGGUGGAUCCCAGCAAAGUGAAGUGCUCGGGUCCCGGUCUGGGCAGCGGCGUGAGAGCCCACGUUCCUCAGACGUUCACGGUGGACUCUACUCAGGCUGGACAGGCGCCUCUGGACGUCAAACUCUACGGCCCAACAGGAACCGUGGAGCCUGUUGGUGUGAAGAACAACGGCGAUGGAACCCACACGGUCCACUACACCCCGGCCCAGGACGGCCCCUACACUGUAGCAGUCAAGUAUGCAGACCAGGAAGUCCCACACAGUCCGUUCAAGGUAAUGUCUCAGCCUGGGCAUGACGCCAGCAAGGUGCGAGCCAGUGGGCCCGGCCUGGACACCAAGGGCGUGCCCGCAAGCUUGCCUGUGGAGUUCACCAUCGACGCCCGGGACGCCGGCGAGGGGCUGCUCACCGUCCAGAUCCUGGACCCAGAGGGAAAGCCGAAGAACGCCACCAUCCAGGACAACAGGGACGGCACCUACACCGUGUCCUACGUGCCCGACUCCACCGGCCCGUACACCAUCACCAUUAAAUACGGAGGAGACGAGAUCCCUUACUCCCCAUACCGCAUCCAGUCUCUGCCCACAGGAGACGCCAGCAAAUGUCGCGUCACCGUUUCCAUUGGAGGACAUGGCGUGUCAAGCCUUCAGAAGCUCCAAACCUCUGAGGAUACAGUUAUCACCGUGGACGCCAAGGCUGCUGGGAAAGGCAAGGUGACCUGCAAGGUUCUGACCCCACAGGGGAUGGAGCUGGAUAUGGACGUGGUGGAGAAUCACGAUGGGACAUUUGACAUUUACUACACCGCCCCCGAACCUGGGAAAUAUGUAAUCACCAUCCGCUUUGGGGGACAGAACAUCCCUAAAAGCCCCUUCCACGUGGUGGCUUCAAAUGAGCCGGUGGCUCCCCGCGACACCGUGGAUCCUCUCUUCCGUCCAGUUAACUUCCUCGUUCCGUUCACGCCGCAGCAAGGAGAAAUCACAGGUGAGGUGCGGAUGCCUUCCGGAAAGACGUCCCGUCCACAUAUCACCGACAACAAGGACGGCACCAUCACCAUCAAGUACCAGCCCACAGAGAAAGGCCUGCACGAGAUGGACAUCAAGUAUGAGGGAAACCACAUCCCAGGGAGCCCUCUGCAGUUUUAUGUGGAUGCUGUGAACAGCGGAGUGGUGACUGCUUACGGCCCCGGUCUGAGUUACGGCAUGGUGAACAAGGCUGCUACUUUUACAGUGGUCACCAAGAACGCUGGAGAGGGUGGUUUGUCGCUGGCGGUGGAGGGCCCGUCAAAGGCUGAGAUCACCUGUAAGGACAACAAAGAUGGCACCUGCACUGUGUCCUACCUGCCCACCGCUCCUGGAGACUACAACAUCAUUGUCAAGUUCGACAACAAACACAUACCAGGCAGCCCGUUCACUGCCAAGAUCACCGGGGACGACUCCAUCACCAGGACAUCCCAGCUGAACGUCGGCACGGCGGCCGACGUGUCCCUGAAGAUCGCAGAGACUGAUCUGAGCUCUCUGACUGCCAGUAUCAGAGCGCCAUCAGGAAAUGAAGAGCCCUGUCUGCUCAAGAGGCUGCCCAACAGACACCUCGGCAUUUCUUUCACCCCCAAGGAGGUCGGCGAGCACGAAGUGAGCGUGAGGAAGAACGGCAUGCACGUGGCCAACAGCCCUUUCAAAAUCAUGGUCGGCCAGUCGGAGAUCGGCGAGGCCAGCAGAGUGAAGGCGUUCGGCAAAGGCCUGGUGGAAGCGCACACGUUCGAAAUGGCGGAGUUUUUCGUGGAUACCAGGAACGCAGGUUACGGAGGUCUGGCACUGUCAGUGGAAGGUCCGAGCAAAGUGGAUAUCAACUGUGAGGAUGUGGAGGACGGGACGUGCAGGGUGACCUACUGCCCCACUGAGCCGGGCAGCUACACCGUCAACAUCAAGUUUGCAGAGAAGCACAUCCCAGGAAGUCCUUUCACAGUGAAGGUGACCGGAGAGGGAAGGAUCAAGGAAAGUAUUACAAGAAAAAGACAGGCAUCUUCUCUCGCCUCUGUGGGCAGCACAUGUGGUCUUAACCUCAAGAUCCCAGGAAACUGGUUCCAGAUGGUUUCGGCUCAGGAGAGGCUGACCCGGACGUUCACCCGGAGCAGCCACACCUACACGCGCACCGAGCGCACGGAGAUCAGCAAAACCCGCGGCGGGGAGACCAAGAGGGAGGUGCGAGUGGAGGAGAGCACUCAGGUGGGGGGAGGAGGCAGCCCCUUCAGAGACGUGUUCGGAGACUUUCUGGGCAGAGAGAGCCUCAGCAGCUUCGCUGGCAUCACCGCCGCCAGACCUGAGGUGGAGAGCGGCUCCCAGGCCAUGACAGCCCAGGUGACCAGUCCCAGCGGGAAGACGGUGGACGCUGACAUUGUGGACGGCGGGAGCAGCACCUACAGCGUCCGCUUCAUCCCCCAGGAGAUCGGACCCCACACCGUCAAUGUCAAGUACAGAGGCCAGCACGUCCCCGGGAGCCCCUUCCAGUUCACUGUGGGCCCCAUGGGGGAGGGCGGGGCACACAAAGUCCGCGCCGGAGGCCCCGGCCUGGAGAGGGGCGUCGCCGGAGCGCCUUCUGAGUUUAGCAUCUGGACCAGAGAAGCCGGAGCUGGAGGCCUGUCCAUUGCCGUUGAGGGCCCCAGCAAAGCCGAAAUCUCCUUUGAGGACAGGAAAGACGGUUCUUGCGGCGUCUCCUACGUCGUGAAAGAGCCAGGUGACUACGAGGUGUCAAUCAAAUUCAACAACGAGCACAUCCCCGACAGCCCCUUCAUCGUUCCCAUCGCUACGCUGUCAGAUGAAGCCCGCAGGCUCACUGUCACCAGCCUCCAGGAGAAAGACUUGAAGGUGAACCAAGAAGCAUCCUUCAUGGUGCAGCGUAACGGCGCCCGAGGUGUGGUGGAUGCCAAGGUGCACACUCCCUCCGGCUCGUCGGAGGAGUGCUACGUCACCGAGCUGGACAGCGACAAGAGCGCCAUCCGCUUCAUUCCACGAGAGAACGGCGUUCACUCCAUAGAUGUCAAGUUCAACGGAUGCCACAUUCCUGGAAGCCCCUUCAACGUGCGAGUGGGAGACCCGGGGCUGAUCGGAGAUCCGGGCAUGGUGACUGCACAUGGCCCUGGCCUGCAGGGAGGAACCACAGGUGUUCCCUCCGAGUUUGUGGUCAAAACCUGCAAUGCGGGCUCCGGCACUCUGUCGGUGAACAUCGACGGCCCGUCCAAGGUCAAGAUGGACUGCCGGGAGUGUCCCGAAGGCUACAAGAUCACCUACACGCCCAUGGCACCUGGCAACUAUCUCAUCGCCAUCAAAUACGGCGGGCCGCAGCACAUAGUGGGCAGCCCCUUCAAAGCUAAGAUCACAGGCACGAGGCUGUCUGGGGGACACAGCCUCCAUGAGACUUCUUCCGUCUUGGUCGAAACGGUGACCAAGACCUCCAAAGUGGGCGGUGCCUUCAGCUCUUCAUCCUCCUCUUCCUCCACCGCCGCCGCCAAGCUGGCGUCCGACGCCAGCAAGGUGGUCUGCCGCGGGGCGGGACUGGCCAAGGCUUCCAUCGGACAGAAAAACAAUUUUACCGUUGACUGCAGCAAAGCAGGUACCAACAUGCUGAUGGUGGGCGUGCACGGGCCCCUCGCUCCCUGCGAGGAAGUUUACGUCAAACACAUGGGCAACAAGCUCUAUAACGUCACCUACACCGUCAAGGACAAAGGCAGUUACACCGUCAUCGUCAAGUGGGGCGAUGAUAACGUCCCAGGGAGCCCUUACAAAGUGGCUGUACCAUGAAAAAAAAAAAAAAAAACUGCACAACUGGCCGAUUCCCCGUCCUCCUCCGACCCGCCGACCUUUUCCCCUUCAUGUGCAAACAUCAGUCAAUCUCCUCGGUUCUCCUCGGCUCAGCUGUUUGCUGUCCAACGGACUGCAACAUGCUCAACAUGCACAAAAA